UCCUCCUCGGUACUUCAGGGUAAUGGCUGCUAGGUGAGAUGAGCGGAUCGGCCGCAUCCUUUGAGUGUGAGGCGCUUCCAUUGAGAGGACCGUUAACUCGGGCGGUGCCGAGUUAAAAUGGUCGAUAUCCGACCCGAAAAGCAUCCCGAAACCGUUGUACAUAUUGCGAACAUCGUCCUUCUAUUGAUUUUGUUUUCUACAUUCCUGAGUGAGCAGCAGAGAGGAACACACGUAGAUGAGGGGAGGAAGACAGUCAACAAACAAACUGACUUGUAUUUGGCAGUGAGGUAGUGUCUGGUUUUAUUGACUGUCCUACCUCACUGAUCCACCCUGUACAAACACAAAAACACUGGGGAAGCAACAAGGCAACACUUUGAAUGUUUUGCAGUGCAUCCACUUUUAACAUCCCGUCUUAGUGGUCAGUUCUGCCUGCCGUUCAGAGUUUAAGCUGAGGCCAUGGCAGUGAAGGACCGUGUCGAGGCGGUGCUCAAUGUGGGUCUGCGUGUUCCCAGCAUCAUGCUGCUGGAUGUCUUGUACCGCUGGGAUGUCAGCUCCUUCUUCCAGAAGAUCCAGCGCUCCAGCCUCUCCAACAACCCCCUGUUCCAGUACAAAUACCUGGCACUCUACCUGCACUACGUAGGUUACAUCCUGAGCUUGGUGCUCCUGACUCUGCCUCGUCAGCACCUGGUUAAACUCUAUCUGUACGUCCUUACGGCCCUGCUGCUGUUUGCUGGUCACCAAGUCUCAAGGGAUUAUGUCCGCAGCGAACUGGAGUCUGGCCAUGAAGGACCUGUCUACCUUGAACCUCUCUCCAUGAACAGAUUCACCACUGCGCUCAUAGGUCAGCUGGUGGUGUGUACGCUAUGUUCCUGUGUGAUGCAGACCAAGAGGAUUUGGCUCUUCUCUGCUCACCUCCUCCCUCUGGUGGCCAGACUGUGUCUGGUCCCACUGGAGACCAUCGUCUUCAUCAAUAAGUUCUCCAUGAUCUUCACAGGCCUUGAGGUCAUUUACUUCCUGGCUUCUAACUUGUUGGUACCAUACAACCUGGCCAAAACUGCCUACAGGGAGCUGGCUCAGGUGGUGGAAGUGUACGGGCUGCUAGCUUUGGGUAUGUCUCUGUGGAACCAGCUGGUCCUCCCAGUUCUCUUCAUGUGUUUCUGGCUACUGCUGUUCGCAUUGCAGAUCUACUCCUACUUCAGCACCAGAGACCAGCCUACCUCAAGGGAGAGGCUUCUUUUCCUUUUUCUUACCAGUAUUGCAGAAUGUUGCAGUACCCCGUACUCCCUGCUGGGUCUGGUUUUCACUGUAUCCUUCAUUGCUUUGGGAGUUCUCACACUCUGCAAGUUCUACCUGCAAGGUUAUAGAGCCUUUAUGAAUGACAACACCAUGCACAGGGGGAUGACAGAAGGCAUCACCCUGCUGAUCCUCGCUGUUCAGACCGGCCUCAUCGAGCUUCAGGUCAUCCACCGAGCCUUCCUCCUCUCCAUCAUCCUCUUCAUCGUUGUUGCUUCCAUCCUGCAGUCCAUGCUGGAGAUAGCUGACCCCAUAGUCCUGGCCCUGGGAGCAUCCAGAGACAAGAGUUUGUGGAAGCACUUCAGAGCUGUGUCUCUGUGUCUUUUCCUGCUGAUCUUUCCAGCCUACAUGGCCUAUAUGAUCUGUCAGUUCUUCCAUAUGGACUUCUGGCUACUCAUCAUCAUCUCCUCCUCCAUCCUCACGUCACUGCAGGUCCUUGGCACUCUGCUGAUCUACGUUCUCUUCAUGGUGGAGGAGUUUCGAAAGGCUCCAGUGGAGAACAUGGAUGAAGUUAUCUACUGUGUCAACGGGACCUACAGAUUGCUGGAGUUCCUGGUUGCAGUGUGCGUGGUGUGCUACGGCGUGUCAGAGACAGUAUUUGGGGAGUGGAGUGUGAUGGGCAGCACCAUCAUCCUGGUCCAUUCGUACUAUAAUGUCUGGCUCCGAGCCCAGCUGGGCUGGCAGAGCUUCCUGCUCAGGAGAGAUGCUGUAAACAAGAUCAAAAGCCUCCCCACGGCCAGCAACACACAGCUGGAGCAGUAUAACGACAUCUGUGCUAUCUGCUACCAGGACAUGAAUAGUGCUGUGAUCACUCCGUGCAGUCAUUUCUUCCACGCUGGCUGUCUGAAGAAAUGGCUUUAUGUCCAGGAGACAUGUCCCCUCUGUCACUCGCAACUCAAGAGCCAAUCACCAACCACCACUGCCCCCAACCAAGACGUACCUGCAGCCAAUCAGAACCCUGCAGGGCAGGAAGAAGCCGCAUCCAAUGAGAAGCAGGAAGAUGACACUUCUCCAGACGAUGGGAAGAAGAAGGAAACGGGAAAGCAGGAGGGAGAUGAUGGACCUGCCGUGUUAGCUGGAGAAACCUCCUCCUCGUCCUCUGAUGUGCCCUCGACUCCUCAGCACUGGGCCAAGACUCCAGCAGCCUCAUCGUCUUUUUCUUCGUUGUCUUCUUCCCCACUUGUGACUGAAUCUCAGAGCCAGUCGCUCACAGAUCAUCCCUCUUCGUCUUCCUUCUCUUCCUCUAACACAUCGGACACGCACCCCUCUCCUUUAUCUCUCUCCCACCCUUCCUCCUCGUCACAGCCAAUGGUCCAGGCAGAGGUGACCCCUGCUGAACCUGAGCCCGCCCCUAAGGAAAACCCCGGCUUCCUACUGGACAGCCCGACGGCAUCCAUUGGUCCAUCACAGUUUGACCAGCCCACUUCCCAUUCUGAGGAACAGUCGCCUCUUCCUUGCAGCCUCUGAGCCCCAUCGUAACACACACGUCAUACGUGCAUGCACACAUAAACACACAAUCUAAAUACUCCAUCUGCCAAUAUCCUGCAUAUAUUCUACUUGUCCAGCGGUUGGCUAUCCCAUCAUGUCUGAAAUUUAGCUCUUAACCUCUCCAUAUCCACUUUGAGAGGAAAAAAUCCAAAACAAUCUCUAAGCAGAUAUUCACCACUCAGUUGUUUGGAACAGUUCAUCUCAAAAUCUUUCCACGUUGAGUUGAACUUUCACGCCAGCAAUGAUUUCAUUUUCCAUUCAGCACCAAAAGGGGAAAGCAGUAAUCUCAUCUCAAAAAUUAUGAGUGGUUCUAUGUCAUGUUGACAAAAUGUGAAAUCCUGAAUGAAACUGGAGUACCGCAUCACUCCAAGCUUGUUAUAUCGAUAUCAGAGCUGUGAUGACAUUUCUAAAAUCAUGCUUAUGUCCGUCUCAUUUCAUGUGAUGGUUGCUCCCAUCAUGCCUUUGUUUGUGCAGCUUCACUCUCCCAGCUGUACAUCCCAUAGUAUUUAGGUUCUCUCUAUCGUCCUGUAUGUGCCAUGAUCUAAUGAGGAAUGGAGCGGAGGUUUAUGGUUGCAUUUUAAAUGGCGACAAAGACGUAACAUUUCAUAUAGUCUACAGAUUUCUCCAUUGGUUUUGAUAACGAUUUUCACUGUUGGAUGACAGUAGUUACGUGUAUUGAUGAGCAUUAACAGAGUCUGAAUGUUGUUUCUUGAGGCCAUCACAUGACCUGAAGCCUGGUGCUAAGCAGAGGAUACAUGGUGUGGUCUAUUUAAGUGUUACAGUGUGAACAAAUCAAAGGGUUCACAUGAAAGAUCUCAUUCAUUUCACGUGUCAAGCUUUCUCUGUUGAAGUGCUUCAAUAUUUGAAUCAAAUUUGUUUGGCUGGUCCCAGCAAAAACAAUUCUACUUCUCAUCGCCAAACUUUUGUAUUACUGUUAAAGAGAUGUUAUUUUUAAGAUAAUUUUUACAUUACUGCUUUAUCGGACAGCCCGCAGACAGAUUGAAAACUCGGGAGAGGCAGACAGAGGAGGGAGAUAUGCAACAGAGGCCACAGUUUGUGUUUGAACCUUCAGCGUCGUGAGAAUGUGGAGUGUAAAUUAGCCCGCAGUGCCGGCAAGGAGCCCAAACUUUGUUUUCGUUGGCUUCACUUCAUUUGUGGUACUCAUCCGCACUCAUCUUCCCGAGCUCAGCUGACUUUACGAAAACAUUCAGCCAGUCACAUUUAACUCAUCCAUCCCGAGUUUUGCUAUCGAGCCAGCGACUUUUGAGACUCUUCCAUAGCAGGAGCCAGUCACCUCGCUCCAUCCAGCUCCUUUAUAAACCAAUCACAUCAAAGCGCCCUGUGUUUUCUAAGACCAUCAUUAUCCUCCUGCUGCUCAGUCACUUCACUCCAUGAAAUGUUACUACCAGCAAAUUGAGCCGUUUGAUGGGAAAGAUUUUUUUUUCCACACACGCUAGCACACACUCACUCUCAGUCUCAGUCUGCUCAUGUGCUUUGGCAAAUUUUGUCCGACUGGGAGAAGCGUGCGUGUUGAAGAUUGUGAGUGUUUAUAGCAAGACUAAAACUUGAGAAUGCGGAGUUCUGAUGCACGCUUAUAUGUAGAGCUUGCACGCUGCCACUGUUACCAUAGCAUUUAUUUGUUUGUCUCCAGUGUGCUCUAACCUUGCUACCAUUUUUUUUUUUUUCUGACAUUUUUCUUUUUUGGGGAGGGGCGGGGGGGUGGGGGGGUUGCAUUUGCACUAAUGUCAUUUAUACUAGCAAAGCUCCAAAGCUGUUCUGUGGCUGUCAGCAACCAAAUACCCUCUGAUGUGUUUGUGUACGAGGAAACAGCCCAAUCUGUUUGUGUGUAAUGUAUAUAAAUGUUGCUCUGUAUGGCAUCUAUAUUAAACCAGAGGAGUGUUGAUAUAUAAAUAAGAUCAGGGCUCGGUUUCGCCACAGCUUCCCAGUGCUUCGAUUGUUCUUUGUUUCUUUACAUGCCCUUGAACAAAGGCAAAGAUUUGGCUGAGAAGCUUUCAGGGGAAACCAAGCCCUCUGAUCUGUGAGACCAGCCAGUGUUACUGCUUCUCCAGUCUGUAUGACGCGUCCUCAAGCUGGUGUGAUCACUCUGGUGCCCUCUAACUGUUAGGAGUGGGAUCAGCAUGGCGCAGACGGAGCGGAGAUGCACUAGUUAACCUUCAACAGUAUUACUUACUACCACUAUUACUAAAGGUCUUAUUACUAUGAAUGACUUAAAUGUUGACAUUGGAAAGCGUUGGCCACGGGGCUGAGAAUGAAUACAUAAUCCAUGUAGGAUCAAACCGGGCCAACGCUUGUUUAACUGUGUUCUUUUCUUUUUGUUUUUUUUUAAGAGAUGAAAUGUAGAGUUUGAUGUAUUUUGCACAUGUUCCUCUGAAAGGUGAACAUAAGGACUUUCUGUAUUCUCGAGCAACUCAUUCUCAUUUUAUUAUCAGCUCCAUUCCUUCAGACUGAUGAAAUGGUUACAAAGAUUUACACAGCCUCAUACACACUUGAGUUUUUCUUUCUUUUUCUUACUGUGGAGCAUUUGAGCUGUGUCAAGCAGAGCGAUCACCUGCACGAUACAGCGUCACACGCUACACAAGAUGAGACCUGUCAUUGGCAACUGUAUGUGAAUUUGCAUUAGAGUAUUAAGUGAUAAAGAGAAGCCUGUCAGCUGUUGAUUGCAGAUGUUUCUGCUCAGUUUAUACUCCAUGUUGGAGACAUUGCAGUUGUUGCGUUCACUCUCCAGGCUAUGAACUGUGACAUCAUCUUAUUUCAAUAUUUCAUAUCUGACUGGACAACCUAUUUAUCUGUAGAAAGCUUAUGGACGUUACAUAUUUUAAAACUAGGCUUUUCAAUAUUUAAAUGAAUUAUUUGCAUUCCAGUGCAUCUCUGAGAUUUCAGCUGUGGAAUUGACUUCAUGUAAAAUGCACCAGUGACUGUUUAGGCAAGUUGUCUCUGAGCUAUUGUGCCAGACAAAUUCUUAAACCCGUCACUGCAACAUUAAUGUUCACCUAAAGGCUGUGAAGAUUGACAACUGUACAUUUUCAAUCAAUCCAUGUCAGUUAACACAAAUAUAUUAUUGCUCUUCGUUGGCUUGCUGGUGAAAUAACACAAAAACAAGCCAAUGUGGCCUAAAUAUUCCAGUAUUUAAUGUGCAUUAAUGUAAAAUUGGUGUUAUAGAAUUCAAUAGUGUAACUAGGAGGAACAUGAAUACCUGUUGAAGUCAGUCUCUCACCUGGAAUCUAGAUGUUUCUGAGGCUCAAUUAAUCACAAUACUUUGCAAAAUCAUUCUAACGCUUAAAAUGUAAGCAAAUAUUUAAAUGGAUCUCUAGCUGCCACAGCGCUCUCUGACCACAUUUCUCUCCUGAAUGCCCCUUUAAUGAGCAUUAGGAGAAGACCAGCUCUGCUGUCCCGUACUGUUGCCUCUGACUGACAGAUGUUAGUCGAUCAUGUUCCUGACAGAGUUUUGACUCAUUCUUCUUUUUCUGUCUGACAAAUUUUUCCACACUCACAUUUAGGACCUGCUCUGUAAAACCUGACUCUGAAUGCCAGUUGUGUUCUGUUAACUUCACGAUUGGUUUAGGACUUUCUGCCUGGCAUUGCCUUGGUUAUUUUACAAAAAUUGAAUGUCAGAAAUAAAAUGAACCAUCCACUCUGGACUCAGUCAUCAUUUUAUU